AUGCCUCUAGUUCAAGAAACCCGUCUUGUGGAGAACUCGGGAUAUUUCACUCAGAGAGAUUUUACAACCAGUAAAGAGAACACAGGUCAUAAUAUUUCACCAGGUCAUCAAGCUGUCUUGAACCUGGACCACUCAAACAGCGAGACAAGCAUACACGGCACGAACUCCAUUAAUCAAAAAAUGCAUUCCUCGAACUCACAUCUGCCUCAUAGCAAUGAAGGAACUUCACCAUUGCAUUUAGCCUCUAUGCUGCACAGCUUGCCAUUGACUAGUAUGAUGCACUCAAAUAUCCCUCAACACCAUCAAGACAUAAUGCAAGGUUCAUAUCUCCUGAUAUUGAAAAACAUUCCUCAUAAUAUUACUCUGAGAGAGAGCUAUGCUAUUUUCGCGCUGGCCAAUGGCUUGAGAAACAUCGAGCUGGUGAAACGGCGCAAGGAUUCAACCUCGGAGAAUUUUGAGUUCUCCAUCGUGGCAAAGUUUGGGUCCCUGCCAUUAGUAACACAUUAUGCAUCCAUUUUGAGUUCGAAAACUGACAUAUUCGGCCCAAACUUUUCAUGCGCUUUAUAUGUCGAAGUAAUAGAUGAGACAACCAACGAGCAUGUGCAUUUCGAGAAGCCCAAUUUCAACGUUACUCAUUCGCAUUAUCAAAUAUCGGCUCCUAUUGCUCCUACUACAUCGGCAGCUUCAAUGCAGCAUCACCAGCAACAGCAGCGCCAUCACCAACAGCAACAGCAUCAGCAGCAACAGCAGCAGCAGCAGCAAGCAUCUCCUGUCUCAUCCACUUCUGGCAGGCCAAGCUUGUUGCCAACAAGAUCUAGAUUUUCAUUCAAUGACCCAUUUUCCAGCGAAACGAAGCAACAAGUGAACGAUCAACAAACAAAGAUACAGCAUAAUUCUAGUUCUGCUUUGCCUCAUAGCCGUUCUAAUCAAGAGAGCUCUUCGACUGAUGUAGGUAAAUCAUUUUUGCUGAUGGAGAGUGAUGACAUUAAUGAUAGCAUAUGGGGUUCGAACGUAAUGCCUUCCAGUAUGAAUGGUUUCUCAAGUACUCCACAGCCCUCUACGCCAAUUCUGGAAUGGGGUACCACAAAUAGGAAGCCAAGCUCUUCUUUUUUUUUGCCACAGACGAGAAGUUCCACUGGCCAAGCUACAGUGUCACAGACAAUUGAUGUAACUCCAUCACUUCAUGGACUUGCAGGAAGUACACCAUCCAGUGCUACGAUUUCUACGCCAUUCAAUAUAAUGUGCCAGGUCUCAAAUAGCGGGCAAUCGAGCAUGCCGAACGUCAUCGGCGGUUCUGAAAUUGGUUCCCUUCAAAGAAAGCAUAAUAUUUACAUGAAUUCGACUAAGCAAGAUCAGCAACAGCAACAGCAACAACAACCACAACAGCAGAUGCCAUUGCAAGAGCAUUCUGUGUCAACGUCUCAGACUGGAACACCGCAGAAAAACUCUCAGGUUAGAGGGGGUAUUGGUAGGAAUACUCAUUCAAGUAAUGGCGCUCAGAAGAAUAGCAUAUCCAACCCCUCGUCGUCCACCAACGUGGCUGGUUCCACCACAAUUUCCCAAGCAGAUUUAUCUUUAUUGGCAAGAGUUCCACCACCAGCUAACCCGGCAGAUCAAAAUCCUCCGUGCAAUACACUUUACGUCGGAAAUCUUCCUCCCGACACGACUGAGCAGGAGCUAAGACAAUUGUUUUCAGGGCAACAAGGUUUUAGACGUUUAUCAUUCAGGAAUAAGAAUAGUAAUGGUAAUGGUCAUGGGCCUAUGUGCUUCGUUGAAUUUGAGGAUGUUAGUUUCGCCACAAGAGCUUUAGCGGAACUUUACGGUAGCCAACUACCUCGUGCUAGCGCUAGUAACAAAGGCGGCAUAAGACUCAGCUUUUCAAAGAAUCCGCUAGGCGUAAGGGGUCCUAAUAACAGAAGAAACGGGAGCAACACGUCUGUUAAUAAUUCUACGGGCACAAGCAGCGGUAAUACAUCAGGAUUCAAUAAUUAUAACUACCCCACUGGUUUCAACAAAGUUUGA